AUGGCACAAUCGACCCCCGGCCUCAAUGGCAGCGACGCCAUCUACUACGCCCACAGCACAACCACCACCGCCGCCCCCGCCGAAAAAACCUGGCAAGCCCUGAUCAACACCUCCACUUGGCCGUCUUGGAACACCUUCUGCCCCCGAGUAACCAUCCGCCAUCAACCAGACCAGAAUGACUCCGCGAUCCUGCAACUUGGCACGCAAAUGACCUUCCACGUGCACAUGGAUGCCAAUUCACCCGCCGAAACAGACACCUACCUGGUCGUCACGCAGUUCGAGCCACCGGAGGGGGGUAAAACUGGUCGCAUUGCAUGGGCGGCUGAUUACACUGCGUCGGGGACACUGCCGCGCUUCUUGCUGCGGGCGGAACGCGUGCAUGAAGUCGUGCCGGUCGAGGGUGGGAGUGGAGUCAGGAAUUGGGAGGUGCAGGCUGGGUAUGCGGCGUAUGCGGUGCGGUGGAUGUAUGGGAGGGUGAUUCAGGAGGCGUUUGAGAGGUGGGUGGAGGAGUUGAGGGAGUAUGUCGCUAGUAGUUAG